UCUUUCGUAGCCCCUUGCAUCCGUUGACCAACUAUGGGCAUAUUGCGCGCGCCCGCGGAAGGCGGAGCUGAGGGCAGUAUGAAAGGCUCACAUGCUUCAUUUCAUCCUCCGCCUCUCUACAGCAAAAUGGCGACUGUUGACUUCAGCUCCUCCGUGGAUCCAGAUAAUAUGGACAUAACCAGCGACGAGGAGUUAGAGAGGGAGGCUGAAGGCUUCAAAGAGCAGGGUAAUGCUUAUUACGUCAAGAAGGACUAUGGCGAAGCGUUCAACUUCUACACCAAGGCCAUCGACCUGUGCCCAAAAAAUGCCAGUUAUUAUGGCAACCGUGCAGCUACACUGAUGAUGCUAAGUCGCUACAGAGAGGCACUGGAGGACUCCCAACAGGCUGUGCGGCUAGACGACACCUUCAUGAAGGGUCACAUGCGCGAGGGCAAGUGCCACUUGCUUCUUGGUAAUGCCAUGGCUGCCAGCCGCUGCUUCCAGAAGAUUUUGGAGCUGGAACCUGACAACAGCCAGGCCCAGCAGGAGCUGAAGAGUGCAGAGUCCAUCCUGGAGUUUGAGCGAAUGGCCGAGAUCAGCUUUGAAAAGCGAGACUUCAGGAUGGUGGUGUUUUGUAUGGAUCGGGCACUGGAGUCUGCAUCUGCAUGUCAUAGGUUCAAGGUGCUAAAGGCAGAGUGUUUGGCACUGCUAGGACGCUACCCAGAAGCCCAAUCUGUUGCCAGUGACAUUUUGCGGAUGGACUCAACAAACGGUGAUGCACUGUAUGUGCGGGGGUUAUGUCUGUACUAUGAAGACUGUAUCGAUAAGGCUGUGCAGUUUUUCGUUCAAGCACUGCGCAUGGCACCAGACCAUGAGAAAGCCCGUCUAGCCUGCAGAAAUGCUAAAGCCUUAAAGGCAAAGAAAGAAGAAGGGAACAAAGCGUUUAAAGAGGGCAGCUAUGAGGAAGCCUAUGACCUCUACUCCGCAGCCCUGACCAUCGACCCAAACAACAUCAAAACCAACGCCAAGCUCUUUUGCAACCGAGCCACUGUUGGAUCCAAGUUAAAUAAACUGGAGCAGGCCAUUGACGACUGUACAAAAGCUAUUAAACUUGAUGAGUCCUAUAUUAAGGCUUAUUUGAGAAGAGCCCAGUGUUACAUGGACACAGAGCAGUAUGAAGAGGCCGUCAGAGAUUAUGAAAAGGUUUAUCAAACAGAAAAAACUAAAGAACACAAGAACCUUUUGAAGAACGCCCAACUAGAGCUGAAGAAAAGCAAGAGGAAAGAUUAUUACAAAGUUUUAGGAGUGGAUAAAAAUGCAACUGAAGAUGAAAUCAAGAAGGCCUACCGUAAACGAGCCCUGAUGCACCAUCCAGACCGACACAGUGGAGCAAGUGCUGAGGUACAAAAGGAGGAGGAAAAGAAGUUUAAGGAGGUUGGGGAGGCCUUCACCGUGUUGUCUGACCCCAAGAAGAAAUCUCGCUAUGACAGUGGCCAUGAUCUGGAGGAUGAUGACAUGAACAUGGACUUUGAUGCCAACAACAUCUUUAAAGCCUUCUUUGGUGCUCCUGGUGGAUUUAGUUUCGAAGCUUCUGGACCUGGAAAUUUCUUCUUCCAGUUUGGUUAACUUGACAAUCUUCAGCAUGUAUGCAGUAGUUUCAAAACUGAAUUCUCCUAAAAACCGGAUUACUCAUUCAUCCCUGCUCUUCGUAAUACACUAUGGUGGAACAAGCCUUUGACCCUACAGUUGGACCUGCAUCUGUGCCAUUGACUUGUUUUACUGCUUUUGCACAAAGACAACAACGGCAGGGGCACGACCAUUCUGUACCAGACAAACAUGCACUGCACACGUCUUUCUUACCAGUGUCCCUUUUUGGUUAUUGUAAAACAACCAUAGUUUUAGUUUGUUUUGUUUUUUUAAAUACUGUUUCAUGUAAAUUCACGCCCAUUACUUUCUAAUUCAAAGAAAUGAAGAAACCAAUAUAAUUGAUCAGUCUCGAAGUAAGAUGAUUUCGUUUGGUGGAAUGUUUUAUGAAGGUGAUACAAGGCUUUCUUGAAACUAAGUUUAAGUAUUGAGUACUCUUCAGAUCUGUUUUUCCCCUCAUAGACCACUUCCUCCUCCUCAAGCAUAUUUUACUGAUCGCUAACCAGUCCAUCUGUAUCCAAAGCAUGACAGUUAAUACCAUGGAAUGUAUUACUGCUAGUGACCUAUAGGUUUUUAAACGUGUAAAGGGCCAUAAUUUCAACAGUUUAGUUAAAGUCCUCAGCAAACAAUUACAUUGUGAAUGCAGCACCUAGUGUCAAACCUCAUAAAAAAAUAAUGCUGGUUCAUUGUUCCCCGUUCUCAUUUACUGAUUCAGGCACACCGACAACUACUGCAUACAAAAGUUCAGAGAGAGAGAGAAAGUUCUUGCAUUUGAGCACCCCUCUCUACAAGGUUUAUUUGUUAAUGUUGCCAUUCAAUCCGUCGCUGCAUUGUACAUUUUACUGGAAUGUAAAGUGUUUCUUUUGUGUUGAUAGUUUAUGACUGUUUAAUUUUUUUUAACUGAGAUACACUCACUUUUUUGAUAUGUAUAUUUAUUGUAAAUUAGCUGGAUGUGAGCUUUGGAUGGAUGGAUGGUCUUAAAAUACACCUGGAUCAGCACUCUUAUAGGUUAACCCCAGGGAGAGAUUCUUACUCUUAUUCGUGAUUUAUUUCUGAAUUGAGAGUACAUUGGUCUGGUUAUUUCCACAGUGAAUGUGUAAUAUAGAUCUAUGUAAAUUUCAGGCAUGAUCAGUGAGCCAUGUUUAUUGAUCUGUACCAUUUUCACUAAAGCCUUUAUAUGUUCCUCAAUAUUGGGACUUUUCUUGCUGUAUUUGGCCUGAAAGUAUACCGUGUACCCAGUUAGAAAAUAAGUAAUGAUUAAGCCUUUUUUUCUGAAUCACAUUAUUUUGAAAGAUCUUCAGUGUAUUGAAAAGACAACGUCCAUGCUUACCUUGCUCACUCUGCAGGAACAGUCUUGACUAUGGACCGUUUUUAAAAAAGAAAAAAAAAACAUGUAAAUAAAGUAUGCCUCUUUGUUUUCCCCUUCA